GGUGGAGAAGUGAGAAGUCUCGCUCUUUCCAAUGCAGCAACACGUGGCACUUUGAGUUGCACUUCCUUGCUGGGACGUGGUUUCCAACGUUUCUCUUUCCCGUUUUUAGUUUUUACCCGCGAAAUGCAAUUUCUAGAAAGAUACUCCGUAGAAGAAUCACUUCCAGCACGAAGUUUUGCUGACUUCAUUUCUUAUUGGAGUUUGCCAAAAUAACUACUCCGUAAUAUAAUUACGAUCUGCUCUCUUUUAUCUAAUUGGAAAGGGAGGAGUGAAAGCCAAGCUAGGUAUAUUUCUAUGGAGGAGACGUCGCCGGAAAGGCGGAGUUCUCGCUGUUCUAGUAGCGCAGUCGAGCCUUCCUCCGAUUUGGGAGUCGAAAUUCUUAUAGAAGAUGGCGAUGCCAAUCCCAGCGAGUCGCUCAGAAAGAAUUGCAGUAGUGCUGAUUUUGCCGGAAUUACUUACGGUGGGGCUACAGGUGAAGAUGCUAGGGACUUAUCAGAUAUUCAAAUCUUACCUCCUUUGCAAAUUGUUAUGCUCAUUGUUGGAACCAGAGGAGAUGUGCAACCCUUUGUUGCCAUUGGGAAAAAAUUACAGGAGGAUGGUCACAGGGUGAGGUUGGCAACCCACUCCGAUUUUAAAGAGUUUGUCUUGGGUGCUGGGUUGGAGUUCUAUCCUCUUGGUGGGGAUCCCAAAGUUCUUGCUGCUUAUAUGGUAAAAAAUAAAGGUUUCUUUCCAUCCGGACCUUCUGAAAUAAAAAUUCAGCGCAAGCAAAUAAAAGAUAUUGUAUUCUCUUUGCUUCCUGCAUGUGUAGAGCCUGAUCAAGAAUCGAAUAUCCCAUUCGAGGUAGAUGCCAUCAUUGCCAACCCUCCAGCAUAUGGGCAUAAUGAUGUUGCAGAAGCAUUGGGAGUACCUUUGCAUGUAUUUUUCACAAUGCCAUGGACGCCUACAAGUGAAUUCCCACAUCCUCUUUAUCGUGCUUCACAGGCAGUUGCAUACAAAUUGUCAUAUCAAAUCGUUGAUGGAUUAAUCUGGAUGGGCAUACGGGAUGUGAUUAAUGGCUUCAGAAAGAAAAAAUUGAAACUAAGGCCGACUACAUAUUUGAGUGACUCCUACAGUUCAUCAUCUGACAUCCCACAUGGGUAUAUCUGGAGUCCGCAUCUUGUUCCCAAACCUAAAGAUUGGGGGCCAAAAAUUGAUGUAGUGGGCUUUUGUUUUCUAGACCUCGCUUCUAAUUUUGAUCCGCCAGAACCACUUGUGAAGUGGCUUGAAGAUGGUCAAAAGCCCAUUUACAUUGGCUUUGGUAGUCUUCCUGUUCAAGAACCAGAGAGAAUGACAAAGACAAUUGUUCAGGCAUUGGAAAUGACUGGACAGAGAGGCAUAAUUAACAAAGGAUGGGGUGGCCUGGGGAAUUUGACAGAGCCAAAGAAUUUUGUUUAUGUAUUGGAUAACUGCCCUCACGAUUGGCUGUUUGUCCGAUGUGCUGCUGUGGUGCAUCACGGUGGUGCAGGAACAACUGCCGCUGGUCUUAAAGCUGCGUGUCCAACAACUGUGGUGCCUUUUUUUGGGGACCAACCUUUUUGGGGCGACCGUGUACAUGCUAGGGGUGUAGGUCCUGCUCCCAUCCCUGUGGAUGAGUUCUCACUCGAAAGGCUGGUCUCUGCCAUUGAAUUCAUGCUAGAUCCAAAGGUGAAAGAGCGGGCAACUGAGCUGGCAAAAGCGAUGGAAAAUGAGGACGGGGCGAGAGGAGCUGUGGAGGCUUUCUACAAGCAGUUUCCUUCGGACAAUUCCAAAGCUAAAUCUAAACGAUCACGCCAUCUCAAAACUCAGCUUAGUAAAACCUCACACUGUCCCUCUCUAUUACGAUGCUUUUGCCUUCCCUGAAAGCAAUCAUGCCCAUAUUGAUGCUGAGUCAUUUACUUUCAUCUCUAAAGAACUGGAAAUAUCCCACCUCUGUUUCAUGUAAUAUUUUCAUUGAAGAUAAUAAGAUAAGCUUUAAAAUCAUAAGCUUGUGAGUCUUUGGCUCUUCGCACUUCUUUUUUGUUUUAUACCUUUCUUUGGUUGCUCUUACCUCUAGCUAUGGGAACGUCCCUAAUUAUUUAAAAAUUAUAUUUUUGUAUAUAUAGUUCAGAGAUCAUUUCAUUAUGAAU